AUGAAGUGCAAGACUCUCGAAAUCAGGUGGCACGACAAGACCCCCAUCUUCUCAGCCGACUUCCACCCCCUCCCGCCCUCCCCCGUCUCCGUCGCGGCGAAACCCUCGGCACGCACCAACGCAGCCGCACUCGACUUGUCCGACGGCGAAAGGAGGGACAGGGACAAGCGCUGGAGGCUGGCCACGUGUGGGGCCGACAACAAUGUCAGGAUCUGGCUCGUCACCCCCCGCCCGCUUCCUCAAGCCGCCUCCCUCUCUCUUCCCCUCGCACCCUCCUCCUCCGCCGCGAACAAACCCAUACCGAAAUCCAACCCCAACCCCGACCCGAGCGUCGAGUACCUCGCGACGUUGAGCCAGCAUCAGGGGGUGGUCAAUUGCGUCAGGUGGUCGCCGAAAGGCGACAUGCUCGCCUCGGCAGGCGACGACGGCAACAUCCUCCUCUGGGUUCCCUCGGAUCCCUCCUCUUCCACCUCAGGCGCAAACUCGGGAGCAGCGAUGAACAAGGCUCAGACGUUUGGAGAGACGGACGAGGACAGGGCGUAUGAGAAGGAGAGCUGGAGGGUUAGGGCGAUGAUUCGGAGCUUCACCGGCAAAGAGAUCUACGACCUCGCCUGGUCUCCCUCGGGCGACCGCCUCCUCGCCGGCUCAGUAGACCACACCGCGACCCUCUACGACCUGACGACCCUCUCUCCCCUCGCGCGCAUCGCGGAACAUACGAAUUACGUGCAGGGUGUCGCGUGGGACCCGAUUGGACGGUAUGUCGCGACGCAGAGCUCGGAUAGGAGUAUGAGGGUUUAUGAGCUGAGAGAGAGGGAGGGAGGGGUCGAUGCGAGACCGGUCGGGAGGAACUCGAGGAUGGAUGUCGAGAGGCAGGUGAGCGCGGGCGGCGGCGAGAGGAGCAGGAGCGCGAGUCGGACGGCUUCCUCGGCGGCGACGGGCAAGAAGGCGGAGACGACUGCGUCGGAGUUUGUCGCGCCUCAGCCUCGCCCGCCGAUGCACCAGCGCACGACUUCGUCGCGCUCGAUCGACUCGGACCGUUCCGAGGCCUCCAGCUCAGCCAUCAGCGUCCUCUCGACCCCCCUCUCGAUCGCCACGACCGUCGCGACGACUGCGCCUACAGCGGGCGCUAAGGUGGACGGCGGCGAGGAAGUGACGACCCCGAUGGACCCGCCCAACGGGAUCCCUCACCAUCCUCCUCCGCCUCACCCCCUCCCGCACCGCACGAGCUCGUCGCACUCUCGCCGCUCGUCGACGUCCGGAUCACAGCCGUCGCAGAGCCCCCGACUCGGUCCAUCGCCCGCGAAUGGACCGUCUGGAAGACCCCUGAGGUCGCCCUCUCCUGCACCGCUGCCCGCUGUCAUGCCUGCGCUGUCGCCCAAACUCAACCCGGUCGGGACGUCGACCUCGUCGUCGGCUGGUGCGGCGCACCUCCCUCCCCUCGACGCAACCGUCUCGACUUCCGCCUCUUCCAGCGCCUCGACCUCCGCCGCCGCAGCGCCACUCGACACCGCCGAGCACUCUCCGAUGAACUUCAACGAACAAGUCCGCUACGACUCGAUCAAGCUCUACGGCGACGCCAACUCGACGCCUUUCUUCCGCCGCCUCGCGUGGAGUACGGAUGGGAGCUUGUUGCUCACGCCUGCGGGGAUCUGGGAGGACCCGUAUAGUGUGGCGAAUGCGCAGGCGAGCGUCAAGGCGGGGAAGAGCGCGGCCGGCGGAGGAGGAGGAGGGAAGAAGAAGGACGAGGCGGGCGCGACGAGCGGGUCGGACGCCAAGCCGACGGUUUAUAUCUACUCGAGGAACAACAUUGCGAGACCGCCAAUCGCCCACUUGCCGGGUCACAAGACGACGAGCAUUGGGAUCAGGUUCUGCCCCGUCUUGUGGGAGUUGAGGGAGGAUGCCGGAGCGCAGGAGGACGAGGUCGAGGAGGGUGGGGACGAGGCGCCGGUCCAGGUCAAGCUUGGCGUUGAUGCCGAGCCUGCGGACGUCCCGCUCGUCUCCGCCGCGUCGUCGUCGAAAGACAAGGGCAAGGCGAAGGCUGAGGACACGGACGCGCCGAAGCCAAAGCCCAAGAGCCUGUUCGACCUCCCUUACCGCAUGGUGUACGCCGUCGCGACCCUCGACUCGGUCUACCUGUACGAUACGCAACAGGCAGGUCCGAUCGCCAUGUUCGGCAACUUGCACUAUGCGCCGUUCACCGACUUGACUUGGUCCUCAGAUGGCCAGACGCUUGUCAUCUCGUCGCAAGACGGGUACUGCUCGAUCGUCGCCUUCUCUCCCGGAGAACUCGGCACACCCUACCACGACCAGCGCGCCGCUCACCAGCACCACCACUCGCACUCGCACUCUCAUUCGCACGCCAUUCUUCCUCACGCCACACACACGACCGCUUCGUCGCCUGCCAAACCCAGCGCAACUGAAAUACCCGCACCUCCAUCCGCCUCUUCGUCCGCCUCGCUCCCUUCGCUCUUCGCCAAGACCGCCGCCUCGCAACCCGCGAAACACGACCGCGAGCCCGAUGCGCCGCGGGAAGCGAGCUCGUCGACGGAUGUGACUGGCGGAGAUGCGGGAGAAGCGAAGGGCGAGGGCGAGCCGCCGGCGAAGAAGCAGAAGAAGAGGGUUGCGCCGACGUUGAUCAAGCCGCUGUGA